CAAUUUCAGCCCCCUUGAGAGCUGCCGGUGACUGCGGGCCUCAGCCAGAUCUGGUGGUGGCAGACGGUGCGCUACUGCAGCUAUGGCGAGUCAGUCAAAUCGACAAUACAUUGGUGCAUUGAGCAACAGAUUUAACAGCAUAAUUCAUCAAAUUCAAGAGAGAAAGGUGCAGCCGAGUUCCUCUUCUGAGAGCCUCGUAGAAAGGUUAAGGAUGUUCAGACAGAACACUGGACCGAGAAGGGGGGGGCAAACACGACUCGCCACUUUUAGAGUUGGCCUCCUCCUCCAUCCUGACAUGGUAUCAUUUCACCCACAAAAAGCAGAAGCUUUACGAAAAAUCAAGGUGCCGGUGUUUCUGUCAGCGGAGGAAUUUCAUGCUAUCUUAAGAAAUACAUUUCCUAGACUGGGCAGCACUGACUUCACCUUGACAAGGGUAGAUUGUCACAGAAGAGUGAUAAAAAUUCAGGCUUCUCCUCUCUCACCAUCUGUGCUGAAAGCCAGCAGGGAGCUGAAUAGAUCUGCGUUAUACAUACUCCCAAAGGAGAAUCUAGGCGAGCCGGUUGAUGACCACCAAGAUGGGGCUCAUGAUGCUGAAGAAGUCUUAGAAUCCGACAAAUGCCUGGACCAAGAUGAUAAUAAUGUACAGGUGGGCCACACUUUGCAUGGCACCCCAGAGAGGCCACAUACAAUGGAGAGGGAUGAGUCUCAUGACACAGAGAUGGCAGAUGAUGUGGUUGAAGUAGCCGAUGAUGUUGAUGAGUUACAUGACUUGACUGAACUUCACACAACGCAAGCUAUGGAUUUGAGUCAAGUUAAUGACAUUAAUGAACCAGAUCUGAAAACCUUACUGACGACUCUAUCAUCAAAAGUGUGGAUUGGAGAGACGGCCAGCAGUAACAUGAUAAACGUUUGCAGAGACAACAUAAUGGAUGGUGCCAUCCGAGCCUUUGCAAGGAGGAGUUUUAAUCCAGAAGUCAAAUUAAGCAUUGUCUUUAUGGAUGACUUCAUGCAAGCUGAGGAUUGGAGAAAGUUGUAA